AUGGCCACCGCGUAUGGUCCUAUAGAUAUCGAGUGGAGAUACGAGAUGCGCAGGGAAUGCCAGGAAAUCCUUCCAGGCCUCUUCCUCGGCCCUUUUGUAGCCUCAAAAUCCCUCGAUACACUCAGAAACCUCGGGAUCUCACAUAUUGUCUGCAUUCGCGAUGCGAAGGAGGCAUUCUCUGUGCGACCCCGCUUCCCAGAACGCUUCAAGUACUUGACGCUGGACGUGGAGGACAACGAAGAGCAAAACCUCAUCCGCCUUUUUCCCGGUGCCAAACAAUUCAUCGACUCGGCGAUCGGUCAAGGUGGACGUGUGUUAGUUCACUGCAACGGCGGAAUCAGUCUAUCGCCCGCCUUCGUCGUCAUGUUCGUUAUGCAGCACUACCAGAUCUCAUGGGAGGACGCCCUCCAUCUUGUUCAAAACCGACGCUACUGUAUAUCGCCCAACGGUGGUUUCCUGACUCAGAUCAAGGAGUACGAGGCCAUCUAUAAGGCCAACGUUGCACAUGCUAGCUUCCCUCAAACACAACGAGCAGCACCGCGGCGUAAGCGGGAAGUCGAUGAUGAUGACGAUGAUGAUGAGAGGCAAGUUGCUUUGUUUUCACUUUGGCGCCUUGUAUUUAUAGAAAACCCCAGGGAGGAAGAUCGCAAACGGCCGCUAGUGCAGAAUGAUUCGCAAGAGGUUGAUCCAAACGCAAUGGAGACUUGA